CAAUAGCAUGUGACACACACUACUCAUCCAACAUUAAUAUUUUAAUCUCUGCUUCUCUUCCAAUUUGGCUGAAUACAAUGGAUUUUUUUUCAUGGUUCAACCCUGGCAUUCUCUUCUUCUUCUUGUCUGUUACUUCUCUUUCCAACUCCUUAUCAUCCAUAUCUUCUCCCUUUCCUGCUCUUCCUCCACCUCCAUUGUGCCAUCACUACGAAAGCUUUGCUUUGCUCCACUUUAGAAACUCUUUUACCUUCUUCAAUUAUACAUUAUCAUGUAAGAAAUAUUUAGGAGUUAGUCCCAAUAAUACAAUUUCAUGGGAUAUGAGUAGGGAUUGCUGCACAUGGAGUGGAGUCACAUGUAAUGAGGUCACGGGUCAUGUCAUCCGUCUUGACCUUAAAUGCAGUGGGCUUCAAGGAAUUCUUCACUCCAACAACACACUUUUCUCUCUUGCUCAUCUCCGAUCUCUUAUUCUCUCCUAUAAUGAGUUUUAUGAAUCAAAAUUUUCAUCUCAGUUUGGUAGGUUUUCAAAUAUGAUUCAUCUUGACCUUUCUUACUCUGAUUUCACAGGCCAAGUCCCUCUUGAAUUGUCAUACUUGUCCAACUUGGCUACACUUGACCUGAGUGGGAAUUAUUAUUUGAAAUUGAAGACGCCUAGCUGGAAAAGAAUUGUAGCAAACCUAACACAUCUCAGAGAAUUGUUUCUUAGUGGUGUCAAUAUGUCUUCUACUUCACCUGAUUCUUUUAUGAAUUUUUCAACUUCUUUGACAUCUCUUGAUCUUAGUAGGAGUCAAUUCCGGGGGAAACUUCCAAAAAAUGUUCUUAGUUUGCCAAACCUUCAACAACUUGAUUUGAGUUACAACCCAAAUCUCAAUGGUUCUUUUCUACAAUACAAUUGGAGCAGCCCAAUAAAAGUAUUGAAUCUUUCUCGAGUUGGAGUCGUGAUAGAUCUACCUCACCUUUGUAGAAAGUUGAAGUAUUUACAUACUUUGUCUCUAAACGCUUACAAUUACUUAAAACUUUCUCCCUCACUGUUUGAUAAUUGCACACAAAUCACUUCCUUAGAUCUUUCAAAUAAUAAUUUUGGUAGCUAUAUCCCAUGGCCAUCUAUUUUAAAUCUACAACUAAUCGAUUUAGAUCUUUCAUGGAAUAAUCUUAUAGGCCAACUUCCAGAAAUUUGUAGUAACUCCACAAAAAAUUCAUCUUUGUGUGUCAGUUCCAAACAUCAAGUAGUGGGUUCUCUUCCAUUGAAUUUAAAAUCUUUGAAGUUAUAUCAAAAUGAGCUCAAUGGGACGAUACCUUCUUGGAUAUAUUACCUUCCAUCUUUACAAUAUAUAGAUCUAAGUUCCAACAAAUUUAGCGGUAGCCUUCAAGAAUUUCAACAUAACUCUUUGGUAUUUCUUUCGUUAUCUUUUAAUAACUUACAAGGCUUUUUUCCAAGAUCAAUUUUUCAGCAAGUCAAUCUUUCUUCUUUAGAACUUUUUUCAAUCAACUUGAGUGGUGUCGUGCAAUUAGACCAGUUUUCAAAGUUAAAAAAGCUUCAAACUCUUUAUCUUUCUGAUAAUAGUUUGUUGUUGGUAUCCAACAAUAAUAAUGAUACAUUUCCCAACACUCUUUCUCAAUUAUGUUUGUCUUCAUGUGGUAUGAGGGAGUUCCCAUAUUCCUUAAGAAGCUUAGAAAAUUUAGAAUUUUUGGACCUCUCCAACAAUGAAAUUGAAGGAAGUGUUCCCAAAUGGCUAUUGAAUAUGGGUAUGAAUUCAUUAUAUUUCUUAAAUAUUUCUCACAACCUUUUGACUCAAAUAGACCGAAUUCCUUGGAGGACUCUAGAGUGCAUUGACAUUCGCUCCAACCAACUUCAAGGUCAAUUUCCAAUUCCACCUCCUAGAGUGUCAUCCUUUUCCAUUUCAAACAAUAAAUUGGUUGGGGGAAUAUCACCAUUGAUUUGCAAUCUCAGUAGGCUUGAACUCCUUGAUUUGUCAAAUAACAAUUUGAGUGGGAGAAUUCCUCCAUGUCUUGGAAAUUUAAGACUCGUGGUUCUAGAUUUGCAUAUGAAUAAGUUUCAAGGUACCAUUCCUCCAUCUUUUGCAAAAGGAAACCCUUUAAGUGUUUUGAAUCUUAAUGAAAAUCAAUUGGGAGGGACAUUGCCAAAAUCUUUGCUCAACUGUAAAAAUUUGGAAUUCUUAGAUAUUGGAAACAACAAAAUAGAUGGAUCAUUUCCCCAAUGGUUAGAAUCUCUUCCGAAGCUCCAAGUUCUUAUCUUGAGAUCUAAUAGAUUUCAAGGUUCAAUAAGAAAUCCCAAGCUAAAACUUCCCUUUCCAAAAUUGAGAAUUUUAGAUCUCUCUGGAAAUGAAUUUGUUGGUCUUUUGCCAAAAAUAUUUUUUGGGAAACUUUUAGGAAUGGAGGAUGCUAGUUCAAGCUACUUUAACUACAUGGAAGUGUCUGUAGAUUACAAUACUUAUCAAGAUUCUGUGACAGUGGCAAUAAAAGGAUUCAUCUUCGAGUUGGCGAAAAUUCAUAACAUGUUUGUAAUAAUUGAUUUGUCAAGAAAUAAUUUCACAGGAAAGAUUCCAAAGUCGAUUGGUAAGCUCAAGUCACUGAAAAGUCUCAAUUUGUCACAUAACAAGCUGACAGGUAAUAUCCCGCCAUCAUUAGGAAAUUUGAUCAAUCUAGAAGGGUUAGAUGUCUCCUCUAACAAGCUUACUGGGAAGAUUCUAUGGCAAUUGGCAUCAAAUCUAAAUCAACUCGGGUUUUUAAAUCUUUCUAUGAACCAAUUGGAGGGACAGAUACCUCGUAGCCGACAAUUCGAUACAUUCACAGAAGAUUCAUAUAAUGGAAAUUCAGGUUUGUGUGGUUUUCCAAUAUCUAAAUCAUGCAACGAGGACAUGGCACACCAACCAUCAUCUUCAACGUCUCAACAAGAAGGAGAUGAGGAGCAUGUGAAUGGAUUUGAUUGGAAGAUUGUGUUGAUGGGAUAUGGAAGCGGAAUGGUUAUAGGAAUUUCAGUGGGAUACAUGGUCCUUAAAGAUAAUAUAAUUGAUGGGCUUGUCAAAAAAAUGAAAGCAAAACAGUGGCAUCUUUUCAGGAAAAGAUCAAAGCGGAAUGUUCGUCAAAAUGGUGGAAUCGGGACAAGACAUUAGUUUGCAAAUUUUUAAUGUUUUGUUUAAAGUGUAUUAGAGCUUGUAGGUGUGUUUAAAAUAAAUCACAUGUUUAACUUACAAAAA